GAAAUGUAAACAAAUUCUCGGCGAGUUGUAUCUCUCAUGCUUGCUUCAGAACAUGUCGAUGCGAUAAUUAGUUUAUGAUAACCUUUCGCCUAUACACCGCAAACAUUGUCUCUCACUUUUAAGAAUCUCACGAAAGAAUCAGAGCCUUUUUUUCCAAAUUUUCCGCCGAAUCAAGAAGCCGACACAGACGAAAUACAAUAAACGUCAGCUGUCCCAGACACCGAAACCUAUUAGGGUGAAGAUCAUGGCUGGUAAUUUCAUUAUCAAAAGAAUACAGAUGAAUACUUUUGGUUAAUCCCAAGGAAUUAGUGGGUUUAUUGAUAAUGGCAACUCCAGAUCUAGCAGCUGAAGUAGAGCAAAGAGUUCUGCAGUUAUGUGGAGAAUUCAAGCAAGGGAUCACAUACCAAAUCAUCCAGAAUGACAUGCCCACUCUUAAACUACAGCAGAUUGUUGAAAUCAUCAACAAGCUUUUGGCUACUAGUCGAAUUGACAUGUUGAAGAAAGAUGACGAUGUACUAGUUUUCAAAUUACGUGACCCUGGCAGUCUACAUCGGGUAAAGGGUGCUGAGCCAGAGGAACAGGUUGUGUACAAGAUCAUUGAGGAGAGUGGAACCCAGGGCAUCUGGGCACGUGAAAUCCGUGCCAAAAGCAACCUACAUUUGAACACCGUUGAUAAGGUGUUAAGGAAACUAGAGAGCAAGAAGUUGAUCAAGAGCUUCAAUUCUGUUUCGGCUCCAAAAAAGAAGACAUAUCUUCUGUAUAACUUGGAACCUGACCGGUCACUCACCGGUGGGGCUUGGUAUUCUGAUCAGCACUUUGACUCUGAGUUUGUGGAUAUUCUGAACCAGCAGUGUUGGAGGUUUCUAGAGCAAAGAGCGGUUCGUGCGAGGCAAGUUGCUGGUGGACCCAUAGCUGUACGCAAUGCAUCAUAUGUGGCUUCCAAAGAAGUUCUAAAGCAUAUAUCUGAGCUAGGAAUCACAAAAGUGCAAUUGAGCAUUGAGGACAUUGAAACUAUCUUAGAAACCCUUGUCUUUGAUGGGAAAGUUGAGCGUUCAGUGGCAAGCGAGGGAGCUGAAGGUGUAAAGCUGUACCGUGCUGUAACUGGGCUCCUGCCAACCCCAACCCUCAUGUGCAUCCCCUGUGGAGUUUGCCCGUUGAUUAAGGAGUGUGAUGACGUCGGCAAUGUAACUCCAAUCAAGUGCCGAUACAUGAAGGAGUGGCUGGAUUUAGAAUGGUGAUUGUUCUGGCAUUUAGAUUGAAAUAUGGAAUCAAAUGUUAUUGCUUUUGAGUUUUGCUUGUGCAUGUGAUGUGUGAAUUGAUACCAUUGAGUAUCCUUUUAUCCUGGAUGUCUUAUGAUCUAUCUACUUGCAUUCACAGUUUGAUUUAUAUUUUUUUCCAUUAUAAUACUGUAUGUUUGAAAAUAUAUUAUACUCAUUUA